AUGACAUUUGAAGAAUUCACUCACAAGGUCUUAGAAAAAUUCGACAUUUCCCUUCAUGUGAGGAGGAUGCACUACACCCUCAAGUUUAACCCUAGAGUCAUCCAAGAUUUAGAAGAUGAGGAUGACUUGGAUAACGUGGUUUCCCACAGUGAUGACUUUGCAAAUGUGUACAUAGUCGAGUCACCCGGUGUGGAAGCCAUAGAGGCAAAUAUACCGAAUACACAGUUGGCACUUGGAGGUCCACAUCAUACGUUUCCUUCGUCUAAUGCAUCAUGCGAUGCAAGUCCUAAUACUAUGAUGUUAUCAAGAGGUUUUGCAUCGCGUUGUGCAGAUAGUGAGUACACUCCUUUGGAAUCGAAUCAGUUUUGUGAGGCAAUAUUAGGUUCCGGACAUACAUUUAAGAAUGCAGAUGAGUUUCGGAAUGCAAUAUACCAAAUGUCAUUAGCUGGAAGGUUUCAAUACAAGUACAAGAAAAAUUCACCUACUCAUAUGUCAGUAAAGUGUUCGGUUGAGGAUUGUCCUUGGAAGAUAACAGCUCAUGCUGUUGAAGGAAAUGAAAUAUUACGAGUUUAUACUUACCAAGUUAAUCAUAGUCAUAUAGCUCAAGAUGAGUGUUCAUCUAAGGUGCGGGUUUCUUCCAAGAGAGGUGCUGUUGUUGUUGAAGACGUGUUUAGAACAACUCCAGAAUACCUUCCUCGACAAAUUUGCAAGGAUUUUGAACGUGAUCAUGGAGUUCAAUUGACUUAUAACCAAGCAUGGCAUCUUAAAGAGAAGGCAAAAGAGCGUGUAUAUGGAUCUCCACGUGCGUCCUACGCGUUUUUGCCUUGGUUAUGCCAUAGACUAAGGGAAAUUAACCCUGGAACUAUUGCCGAGUACACUUCUCAUGAAGGUCACUUCAAGCAAUUGUUCAUUGCCCAUGCAUUUUCAAUUCAAGGGUUCACCAUGGGAUGUCGACCGGUAUUGGCUAUUGAUUCUUGCCACCUAAGUGGUCCAUACAAAGGAGCUCUUUUGUCUGCCAUUGCAUAUGAUGCAGAUGAUGGAAUGUUCCCUCUAGCCUUGGGUGUGGUUGGUUCAGAAAAUUAUGAGGAUUGGCAUUGGUUCUUGGAGAAAUUGAAGGGGAUCCUAGAUGGUCGAGAAGUAAUUAUUAUAUCAGAUAGACAUCAAGGGAUAUUGCGUAGUGUUUCGGAGAUGUUUGGGGUAGAAAAUCAUGCCUAUUGUUAUCGACAUAUGAAAGAGAACUUUUCAAGCUUCUUCAACAGGCAAAACAUUAGGGGAAAGAAAGGGAAAGAAGAUGCUUUGUUGCUUUUAGACAACAUUGCAUAUGCUCAGUUGGAUAUAGACUACAAUGAGGCGUUUGAAAAACUUGUGCGUUUUAAUGGCAACCUAGCAAAGUGGGUUGCGGAGAAUAGUCCGGAGCAUUGGGCGAUGUCAAAGUUCCUUAAAAAACGUUGGGAUAAAAUGACAACUAAUAUUGCAGAGUCCUUCAAUGCGUAA